GAGAGGCGCAAACCGGCUGCGAUUCAAGGCUCCAGGGAAGAGGAGGAGGAGAAGAGGAGGAGGAGGAGGGAGCUGCCGCUCCCAGCUGAGCCGAGCAAGGAGAGACGGCAGCAGCCAGCAGCGUUCCUUGCCCCGCGCUUUCCAGCAGCAAGCAUGGCUUCAUCGCAGGGCAAGACGGAGCUGAAAUUCGCCGACUGGAUGGCAACUUUGCCGGAAGGCAUCCAUAACGUGCCCCUGUCGAACCUGGCGAUCCCAGGGUCUCAUGAUUCCUUUAGCUUCUACAUUGAUGAGGCCUCUCCAGUUGGACCUGAGCAACCAGAAACUGUCCAGAAUUUUGUCUCUGUUUUUGGAACUGUGGCUAAAAAGCUGAUGAGAAAAUGGCUGGCAACACAGACAAUGAAUUUUACAAGCCAACUGGGAGCAGGCAUUCGGUAUUUUGAUCUUAGAAUCUCCACUAAGCCCAGAGACCCUGACAAUGAACUCUACUUUGCUCAUGGUUUAUUCAGUGCCAAAGUCAACGAGGGCCUUGAGGAGAUCAGUGCCUUUCUUGCUGACCACCAUAAGGAAGUGGUCUUGCUGGACUUCAAUCACUUCUACGGGAUGCAGAAAUGCCACCACGAAAAACUGGUCCAAAUGCUCAAAGGCACUUUUGGGAGUAAGAUGUGCCCUGCCAUAUUUGCCCACGAAGUCUGUCUCCAAUACCUAUGGGAGAAGGAUUAUCAAGUUUUGGUCUUUUACCACAGUCCAGUGGCUUUGGAAGUCCCAUUUCUAUGGCCAGGACAGAUGAUGCCAGCCCCGUGGGCAAAUACGACAGAUCCAGAAAAACUGAUCCAGUUUCUCCAGGCAUCAAUCACCGAGAGAAGAAAGAAGGGCUCUUUUUUUAUAUCUCAGGUGGUGCUGACCCCAAAGGCUAGCACUGUGGUCAAGGGAGUCACUAGUGGUCUCAGAGAAACUAUCACAGAAAGAGCUCUCCCUGCCAUGAUGCAAUGGGUCCGGACCCAGACACCAGGUGAAAGCGGUAUCAACAUUGUCACUGCAGACUUUGUAGAACUUGGCGACUUUAUCAGCACAGUCAUAAAACUCAACUACAUCUUGGAUGAAGGGCACCUCGGGAGACAAGAACAGCAGCCUGAACAGGGCCCUUAGUGUGGACCAUAAGAACUCAGCUGAUGACUAUCUUAGAAGUCCAUUUUCUUUUACAGUGAAGCAAAAGCUAAUGAUGUAUUAUACAGUCCGUGUGGCAUAGCAUUGCAAUAGCUUCUGUGUUGACCUUGUUCCAAACUGUACCUGUUUACCUGACAACAAAAGCUAAAAUAUGCUGUAUACUAUGUAAAAUGUAUUGAUUACGAAAUUUGUUUGGAGUUCAGUGAUUCCUUCUCUGCUCACAUCAUAAUUUUGGAAAUUGUGCCAGUGUUCCUGUAAGUUUUCAUGUGUGUGUUUGUGUGUGUGUGUGUGCGUGUGUGUGUGUGAGUGAGCCCAUGCAGGAGUAUGGGUUGUGCACGUUGUACAAUAUCCGAGAAUUAGCAAUUUAAUCCUAAAUGAAAAGGGCAAUUGUCUUAUCUUUCUUAAAUGCUGGAUCUGCUUAAUUUUGUGCAAUCUUGAAGUUUCAUGUGUGGUUGAGGAUUUAUGUGUUUGGGCCAAGAUCCAGAGAACUCCUUAAAAAUACAUCCAUUCAGUACAUGGAAUUCUCAUAUGGGUCCCUUGAAUCGCAGCCUUAGUAUUUGAUUGUUUUCCUUCUUUGUAUGCAAGUUUUUAUUGUAAAGAUGAAAAUGAAUGUUUUUUAAAAUCAACUUCAAAUCUACGGUCACAAAUCUGAAAUGGAAUAAUGUAUUUGUAGGUUUCAUGAUGAUGAAAUUAGAUGUUCAUCGUGCAAUUUGAACCAUCAAUGUGUGUUUUACCGCUGGGUUGGUGUCAAACCUGGGAGGGCGGGUCCACAAAUGCUGUAACAUUUGAAACCCACAUUCAGUAACAGAAGUUCUAGUUUUAUUCCUGAAACCUGGAUUUUGAACUUAGAAGAAAUGGAGGGCUAUGAUUUGUAAAAUAAAUAAAUGAAUGAAUGAACAAAUA